AUGCUGAACAAAGGGGCUGAGCUGCUGCAGUCCCUGAAGCCGGUCGGACAGAUGAAACGGCAUGUCUGCAGCUUCGCCUUGUACAGCCACGACAUGAGCCGCCAGAUUGAGACCCACCACUUCCUCAGCCGCCGCAACCAGGAUUUCUUCCAGUGCGCCGUCUACGACUCCGACGACGACGCCUGGGCCCGAUUCAUCGGUGUUGAAUAUAUGAUAUCGGGCACCCUAUUUGAGACACUGUCACCUGAAGAACAGAAGUUCUGGCACUCUCAUGCAUACGAGAUAAAAUCAGGCCUAUGGAUUCAUCCCUGGGUCCCAGAGAUGAUUCUGAAGCACGAACUUUUAAAUCUUGCCAAAACUUAUGGCAAAUUCUGGUGCACCUGCAAUAUAGGAGACAGGCUGCCUCUGGGUCCACCGGCGCUGAUGGUGUCGCCGCAGGCGGUUAACGUGGGGUUGGUGAGGCAGGAGCUGGUGGCGAAGAGAAGCAUCAAGUAUAAUGACUUGACGGAUGAUCUCAAGGCUUCCAGGCUGGAGAUUGCGGAGCCGGAGUGGAUCAACCCGCAGGCCGACUACUGGAACAGCACCGGCGUGGCUUCGCCGUCGCCGUUGAGCCGGCGGAGAUGA